CCUAUAACGCGGUGAGAUUUCUUUUUUGUCUCCCGAGGACCGUGUUAUAUCAGGGUAGAGAUGUAGUUGUUUUGGCAAAAUAUACAGUAAGAUGAGCUUGCUAGCAGUGUCAUUGUUUUACUACUUGUGUUCUAGUAUCACUUAGGGUCCCCAUCUAAGAUCAGGGUUAAAGGGACAAGACAGAGGGAAAGUGAGGGAGAUUAAGUGAUUUCCCCAAAGACAUUCUAGGUCAGUGGCAUAUCAGGCAUAGAACUGAGGUAUCCUGACUCCUAGGUAAGUGCUCUGUCCACUAGCUCAUACUACCUCCUAGUGCUAUUAAAUAUUCUUAAACUACAAAAGAUAUUAGAACAAAGUACAGCUUCCAUUAAGAACGGCACUGAGCCCUCACAUCAUUACUGCACAACACAUUGGCCAUGCCACAGAUCAGUGAGCGAGGAGAAACCAAAUAUCCCCUCCCUCCUGUUCAGGCAGAGAACAUCAUUCUUACUUCUCUGCACACUAAAAGGGAAGCUGAGUACCAAAGCAGAUUGGCUUGAGCCAAUCAGUCAAUGGGCUCAAGCUCCUUUUAGCCAAAGCACUGGGCAAUGUAUCCAUUUGCGACCAUGGGAAAUUCAUCUCCAGGAGGUUAGAUCUCACAGCAUCCACUGCUCCUCUUCUGUCUCAAGUACAGCCAGAGUUAUUGGUAUCCCUUCCAUCCAGUGUUUAUGCUGUCCCAGAUUCUACAGGAGAUUAGGGAGGGGAGAGCAAGGGUAAGUCUGGGUGCUCUUUAUUGACCAAGGAGACAGGAUUUCUCUGGCUUGAUCAACCUUGCACCAGGCCCUCCUGUCUUCCUUCUUCACAGAGGGGUUCCAUUAUUGCAAGAACUCGGACAAUCCAGAAAGGCAAAAUUGAGCUGCCUGGCAUUUGGAAGGAGACCAAGGAAUGAGGAAUAUCCAGACAAGCCUAUUUCUGCUCUUCUGGCAUCUAGAAGAGUCAGCCACCAACACUGACUCAAAACUAGGACAAGUUCCAGGAGCUGGCACAACGAGCCCAAGUCUCUCCAGCUAAGGCCCUGGUAGGAGGCAGGAUGGGCCAAUAAUUCAGGCAUGAGCUAAGGACUUGGGAGACCUGGGUUCAAUUCCCUGCUCUGCCAUGAGUUUCCUGUGUGUCCUCAGAUAAGUCACGUCUCUCUGAACCUCAGUUUCCCCAUCUGGACAAAUGGGAUAAUAGCCCUACCUUGCCUUUCAGGGGUGGGGAGUCUAUACAAACAUUAACGAGUGUGAGGUGCAUUCAGGGAGGAACGUUUCUAACUUAUUCAGAGAUCACAACUUUAACUGACCCACUCUUCCAUGGUAAUAGUACCUUUAGGUUAAACAUUAUGUUUCUCAUCUUUUUAGAAAAGAGUUCUUUUAAAACAAAAAUAACUUUAAUAGAAGCAAUGGCAUCUGGUAGUUGGGGAAAUAAAAGAAUUAAAACAAAUCAAUCUUUGCAGACCACUUUCUUAACAAAAAAAAUGUCCAUAUCUGACAUGCUAGGAAAAGGAUUUGGACUGACAAAUUACCCCAGAGGAACAGGGGUUGAUCUGGGAAAGAGCAGCAACUGUAGCAUGAUACAAGAAAAUGUCUUUAAGAUACUGCUUCAGUAGUACUUUACGUCGGUCAGAUUAAAAAUAGAGAUUGAAUGGGGAUAAGUGUUGGAAAAACCAUGAUGAAAGAGGAGAUUGUAUGUAUGUACGGUGGAGCAUUGGGAUACAAUUUGUAAUAAAUAUCCAGCAAUUUGUGAAGUUUGAUUAUGAAAGAUCCUCUGAUAAUCCUUCUAGCAAAAAUGGUCACACAAACAGAAUGCAGAAUUAAUCUCUCAUCUGCUAGUAGCUGCUAAGAUACUGCUAGCCUCCUAUCCGGAAAAUAAAUAGUCCAACUCUAGAGGACUGGUUCAAAAAAUGUGGCAGAUUAUGGAAAAAUUAAUGCACCAAUUAUAUACUCAGCAAAACAGACAAAGGACACUUAGAUAUUUGGUUACCAUUUAUUCAAUACUCAAAGUACAUUCUCCUGCAAAAUACCAGUGCACCUGUCCAAUGUUUUUGAAUAUUACUAUUUGAUAGACAGGCCUGGCUUGUUCAAUAUCUGCGAUCAGAGAUUUCACUCUCUGUGAUAAAAUCAUAGAACCCGCGUUUUGUGGGUAUUGUAAAGAGACUUGCUCUGUCAGUGGUAGCACCCUGUGAAAUGGAAAGAGCUGAUUUAUUGUAUGACUAAGUUGUUCUAAAGAAGAACUCACUAUUGUAAUGACUGUUUUGUCUCCAACGUUUACAUGGCAGAGAUUUGUAAACCUGUUAAACCUUCCUAAAUAAAUAGUUAGAGAAGAUUGUGAGUGGCCGAGGAGGGAACAUCUGUCCCUCCAGUGGCGCUGCCAUCAAAGGGCCUGGGAGAAGCUCUGUUCAGCACCUUGGAGUCUACAGGCAGAAGGAGACUCGCAGCACUUGGAACCCUGUCCCUGGAAGCACAGCACUGUUCCUCGCAUGCAGAAAAGGAAAUUGGAACGAAUGUGGAUUUGUCCCUAUUCCACAGCUAGCAUGGAAGAGUGCAUCAAAGGGUAGAGCACAAGUCAGAGGUGCAGGGAUCCCAAACUCACAAGACUCAACGCUCUUGUCAACCCAUGCCACCUACCUGCAGAAAUCAAGAAAGCUUCCAACGCCUCCAUCUCCAGACAGGAGUGCACCUCCUUUCCUGCAGAUGGGAUCAUGAGUGAGAAGGAGGUGGAGAGCCCUCUGCAGGGAGGUCCUGAGGAAGAGGGUAGACCAAAAGGGAACAUCCCCCAGGAAGUUGGCUCAGACAGUCCUGGCGGGUCGGAGUUGCUGGGGGGAAACAACAGAGAGCAGCAGCCCCUGGGCAGAUCCCCGCUCUGGGGGAGAGGGCUCCAAUUCAAAGAGAAACGCUACAACUGCACUGACUGUAACAAGAGCUUCAGCCAGAGCUCCCACCUCAUCCGGCACCAGGGCACCCACACUGGCGAGCGCCCCUACAAGUGCUCUGACUGUGGGAAGAGCUUCACCCAGAACUCCAACCUCGCCCAGCACCAGCGGGUGCACACAGGCGAGCGCCCCUACCAGUGCCUUGACUGCGACAAAAGCUUCACCCAGAGCUCCCACCUGACGGAGCACCAGCGCGUGCACCAGGGUGUCAAGCCCUACAAGUGCACCAACUGCAACAAGAGCUUCAGCCAGAGCUCCCACCUCCUGCGGCACCAGGGCACCCACACGGGCGAGCGCCCCUACAAGUGCCCCGACUGCGGGAAGAGCUUCAGUCAGAACUCCAACCUGGUGCAGCACCAGCGCAUCCACACGGGUGAGCGCCCCUACAAGUGCGGAGAGUGUGGGAAGAGCUUCAGCUGGAGCUCCAACCUCAUCGAGCACCAGCGCGUGCACACGGGCGAGCGGCCAGACAAGUGCCCCGACUGCGGGAAGAGCUUCACCCGUAGCUCUGCGCUCAUCCAACACAGGCGCAUCCACAAGGGGCUGAGGCCCUACAAGUGCACACAGUGCGGGAAGAGCUUCAACAAGAGCUCCCACCUCAUCCGGCACCAGGGCACCCAUGCCGCUGGAGAGCUGCCCUGCACGUGCGCCAGUUGUGGGAAGAGCUUCACGCGGAGCAUCCAGCAGAGGCCACGGCCACACCACUGUGCUGAGUGUGAGACACGCUUCUCCCGCAUUGCUGGCAGCCAGCCGCGAGCUGAUGUGGAAGUGAAGCCCUACAAGUGCGGGGAGUGUGGUAGGAGCUUCGGGCGCAGCUCAUACCUGGUGCAGCACCAGCGUAUCCACACGGGCGACAGACCCUACAAGUGUGGGGACUGCGGGAAGGGCUUCGGGGUCAGUGCCCACCUCACCCGGCACCAGCUCAGCCAUGCAGGUGACCGGCCCUACCGAUGUCCCCAGUGUGGAAAGACCUUUGGGGAGAGCACAAAGCUAUUGAGCCACCGGCUGAGCCAUGCGGGUGAGCGCCCCUACCAGUGCCCUGACUGCGGGAAGAGCUUCUGCAAAAGCUCCCACCUGGUCAGCCACCAGCGCACCCACACUGGAGAGCGGCCCUACCGCUGCACCAUCUGUGGCAAGAGCUUCUGCCAGAGCUCCCACCUCAUCCGGCACCAGGGCACCCACACAGGGGAGCGCCCCUACAAGUGCUCCGACUGCGAGAAGAGCUUCACCCAGAGCUCCAACCUCGCCCAACACCAGCGCAUCCACACAGGGGAGCGCCCCUACCAAUGCACUGACUGCGGGAAGAGCUUCAGCUGGAGCUCCAACCUCAUAGAGCACCAGAGAACCCAUCUAGCACAGAAACCCUGAACAUGGGGCUGGCCAACGUGUCUGUUUGCUGAGCAAGCUCCCAACAUUGCAGUAAACAGCAUGGGGCGAGCAGGACACUUAAUAGGGGGAGAAAUUACUGAGUGUACAAUGCUAAAGACUAGAAACCCUCCCCAGGAGUUAGACUUCUUCACACUGCCAGCGGCGGCUGCCUGCCCCAGCCUCGCCUGUUGCAAGAUCCGGGAGAUGAUCCCACUUGCCACAGGAGCUAAGGAACCUGUAAUAAGGCAAGUCUAAGGGGGUCUAACUUAUGCAUUCUUUCAACCUCAUAUGGACAGGCUGUCUACAUAGACACUGGCAGACAGAGUGCAGGCCAUUUCAGUCCCAUGGGCAGCUCCCUAGCAUUUGUUCCUUCUUUUUGUCUGUUCUGGCCAGACUCCAUCCCAGGAUUUUAAUUCCUGUUGGACACCUAGAUUCUAUUCCCAUUUUUUAAAAUUUACUUUUAAUACUAUAUUUCCUGUUGUAUUGCAGUCUCUCCCCAUAUGAAAUAAAACCUGUCCAGCAUA